ACACACACGCUUAUAUUCAUUGACCUCGAAACCUUAUAAUCUUCAGAUCCGUCUCCUAUUUUAAUCUCUUUGUGAAGAAGCUUUUGAUUGUUUGUUGUCCAAGCAAGAAAGAGCGACAAAUUAAAGACAUGAAUUCAAGAUUAUCUCUUCUCUUGUUCUUGUUCUUGGUUAUAGUUCCUUUAUCAAGAUCGUCCAUCUUCAAAACCUUCUCUAGUAUUACCUCUCCCAAAUCUCCUCUUUCCUCAAUCGUCCUCCCUCUCUCCGGAAACGUCUUCCCUCUCGGAUACUACUCGGUCUUACUUAAAAUAGGAAACCCUCCAAAGGCCUUUCAAUUUGAUAUUGAUACUGGUAGUGAUGUCACUUGGGUUCAAUGCAAUGCUCCUUGCUCUGGCUGCACAGUGGGUCCUCCAUUUCAGUACACGCCUAAGGCAAACACUGUCCCGUGUUCAGACCCGAUUUGUUCGGCUCUUCACUGGCCUAACAAGCCUCAAUGCCCAAACCCGAAAGAACAAUGCGAUUAUGAAGUUGAAUAUGCUGAUCAAGGUUCAUCAAUGGGUGCACUUGUUACUGAUCAGUUUCCUUUAACCACCCUAAAUGGCGCGAUCGUCCAACCUCGUUUAGCAUUCGGGUGUGGUUAUGAUCAGAGUUUCCCUAGUGCACAUCCUCCGCCUGCGACUGCUGGAGUUUUGGGGCUUGGGAAAGGCAAAAUCAGCAUCUUGUCACAGCUUGUCUCCGCGGGAGUAACGAGAAACGUGGUUGGACAUUGCUUAAGCUCUAAAGGUGGAGGCUAUUUGUUCUUUGGAGACAAUCUUAUUCCUUCCACUGGUGUGGCAUGGACACCGUUAUUGUCACCAGAUAACCAUUACACGACCGGAGCAGCCGAGAUUCUUUUCAACGGAAAGCCAACAGGUUUAAAAGGACUUAAACUCAUUUUCGAUACAGGAAGCUCAUACACUUAUUUCAACAGCAAAACAUACCAAACAAUAGUUAAGCUGAUCGAAACUGAUCUAAAAGCCACGCCGUUAAAAGAUGCGAAAGAGGAUAAGACUUUACCAAUCUGCUGGAAAGGAGCUAAGCCUUUUAAAUCUGUUCUUGACGUCAAGACCUACUUCAAGACCUUAACAAUCAACUUUACAAACGGCAGAAAAAACACUCAGCUCCAGAUUCCACCUGAAUCUUAUCUCAUAAUUUCUAAUACUGGGAACGUCUGCUUAGGACUACUAAAUGGAAGUGAGGUUGGAUUACAAGACUCCAACGUAAUCGGAGAUAUAUCUAUGCAAGGGCUAAUGGUGAUCUACGACAACGAGAAACAACAACUAGGAUGGGUUACUGCAGAUUGCAAUAAGCUUCCUAGAUCAUAAGUCAUAACAUCACCAUUAACUUAUACUAUAUAAACUCCUUACAUAAAAGCAAUUUAGGAACAAUAAUAUUCACGAUUUACAGAAAAAGUUUGAGUAAUUAGAAACACCGUACCAUUUUAAAUGAUAAUUAAAUUAAAAUGU